AUGACGAAAUUGAUUCCAAAAGGGAUAAGCAGGGAGAGACCCAAGGCGGCAAGACCAGCGAAAGGGCUCGAAGAAGAGAAGGGAGGAAACAGAAUGAGGAGGAGGAGGAGGAGAGAAGUUCAUUCAACGAGCGCCCUUACUCCGCACCGCGCCGGAGCGCAUCGCACUGGGACUGGCAUCGCAUCACACCGCAUCGCCUCGGGUCGGGUAGCCGUGCCGUGCAAAAUCUCUUCUCUGUUUGCGCUGCCAGGCCAGUCCAGCAGGGGAAAGAAGCGGUUGGGUUGGGCUGCGCAUGGGGCUUGGGGGGGCCGAUCCGUCGCCGAACCGGCGCCGCCGACAAUGGAGCGCUGCCAACUGGCUGGAGCCUCCGUCCGCGUUAGUGGUGGCGGCAGUGGCGCCGGCCCGUCAAGGCAGGCAAGUCAGGGCGUGCCAGUUACUAAGGCCUCUUUUUCCAGUUAG